AACAUUCGAAGAUUCGAAGUGAAAAGUCGGUGCGUGCGGAGUUUUAUUUUUUUCUGGGCAUGAGAACUAACUGCUACCGAUACUGAGUUAAUCUUGCAAACCUACUGCCACCUAGAAUAACAGAAGAAGUAUAAAUCAAACUCCUUCGGCACAGAAGAGUAGUGCUGGAUCAAUUACGUUCCGAUAGAUGCAGCCGCCUCAACAACAACUACUAGAGUGGAAAAGUGAAAAUGAUAAAAUAAUGUGCCCGUAGACAAGUUUCAUACAAAUCUUGUUUUAAAUGGCGGUUAAAUAUUUGGAGAUUUAUUAGAAAAAUAUCUAUUUCAAGCAAUCAAAAUAACAUUGCUGUCGCUGACAAUAAUAAUAAUAAGUGUCGAAUAAUGUAAGAGAGAGAAGAAAAUCAAAAGACGAUACGAUACUUCUUGUUGUUGUUAUUAUUUGGUUCCACCAAGAUUAAAUUAAAAACGGCUCAUGGUGUAGUGAUAGUCAGGCGCGGCGAACAAUGUGGUGUUUGUGUUUACGUUCGGUUUUCGAAUGUGUGUGCGACGAGGAGAAUGAAUGGUGUUUGUAUUGAUAUCUACUGCUAUCUGUGUGUGACAGCCAACUCCCCAAUUAAAUAAGCAAAACGCAAAUAUUUUUAAUUGAAAUAAAUCAAAAGCAAAAUAGAAAAAAAAAUAAAUGAGAUUGGUUUUUCCUGUUGGACAAGAAAGAGAGUCAACAAAAAUAGCACAAAUUUGCAAGUGAAUGUGGAAAAAAGUGAAACUUGAUCAUCUUACACUCAGCAGUUUGUAAAUAAAAGUAAUCCCCUAUACAAAGGGGCAAAUAUAAUAAAUCUUUACUUUUGAUGACUACUACUUCAUUGGUGCGGUUUGUCAUCCGAAAAAAACAAACAACAGAACGUUGCCUUCCAACGAAGUUUUUUUCUUUUCGAAAAGUAAAGAAAAUUACACAAAUCAUUUUUAAUAAUUAAAAUGAAACGAAUUUUUUAAAUCAACAUCAAAAGAGAAACCAAAAUAAUGAAAUACCAUUAUCUACUCAUUCGAGUUCGAGUAGUCGCUCAAAUACCUGACCCAGUGAAGUAUGAUUUGAUUAGAUAGAUUUGUUAUAUUCUCAGUGUGCGCCAGUGUGUGUUUGCUAGUGUUUGUGCAACAAGUAAGAAGAAAAGAGCAUUAAAAAAAAAAACAAAAACUGAACUUCGAUCGAUUUACAAAAAAAGUCUAUUGAAUUUACCUCUUUUUUGCUGUUGUGAUUUUUCGCAUCUGAUCAAACUGCGGCUGCAAGAUGACAGUGUGGAACAGCAAUCCGAAGCAAGUCUUCGGAAUUGCAAAAUGCAAUUUCGAUCAAGACGAUAAACCGCAUCGCCUCAGUUUGGAUGUAGGUGACUCUGUGGUCAUAUUGAAAGAAACAACCCACUGGUAUUAUGGUUAUAAACAACGAAAUAAGGAACAGCGUGGCAUAUUUCCCAAAAGCUACAUCCAUUUGUGCGAUUAUAAAAUUGUCAAUGGGGAAUAUUGCAUACAACGAACUGAAAUUGUUGAGGAAAUAACAAAAGUUCUGUUGGAAUGGGGCAUAAUAUUGAAACAAUAUUUUCUGGUCCGACAUCCCGACUUCCAUAGCAUACGCUCCAAAAUGAAUAGUUUGAACAACAAUCGAGCCCUUUUAAUAUCCGGUAAUCUGCCUUUGGAUGAAAUUCGUACCAUCAAAUUAACAGCCACUUCACAAAUUGACACGGGCAACAAUCUGCUGGGAUUGGAUAUGGUGGUGCGUGACGAAAGUGGUGAUAUUUUGGAUACGAAUACCAUAUGCACCACCGAAUUGUAUGAGCAUCAUAUGAAUGCCGUCAAUCGCAUUAUUAAGGCCAAUCGUCCUCAAACCAUACACCAUGGUCCCAAACCCUACAAGAAUUUCUCACACAACAUUUUGCUGCAUGUCAAUGCCUUUGUCUGCAAAUUCCAAGAAGAUUCCGAUUUAAUAUUCACCCUCUUUGAUGGUGAAUCACAUCGACCCAUAAGUGAAAACUAUGUGGUGAAAUGGUCCCGCACUGGCAUAGCCCGUGACAUCGAUCAAUUCGACAAUAAUCGAGUUCUCUUCACCGAUCUCAGUAAAAACGAUGUUAGCAUACCGAAAAUGUAUUUGGUUUGCUAUGUGGUGCGUAUAGGUUCCAUGGAAAUGAAGGAGAAUGAUUCGAAACGCACCAGCAUUACCAACACCAUGCUGACAGCGGCCAGCAAAAAGAAUUCCCAGUUAUCCAUAAGCUCCAGUGGUUCUUUCAGUGGCACUGAAUACAUAAUGCGUCGUCCCUUCGGAGUAGCCUAUAAAGAUCUGACCCCCAUUAUCAAUAAACCCGAUGAGUUUAAGGGUAAUUUGGAUAUGCCCUUCAUACUAUGCGAAAAGGAUAACAUGGACAUCACCUUAAGGAAGCUGAUAGCCAAUAAGGAUAUUGGCAAAAUUGAUUCACGCAUGUGUGUAACAGUUGAGGUGUUACAGGGCGACAUCAAACAGAUUAAAGAAGAUUUUCCCCGUCUACUGCAUACCAAUGUACCCAUUGCUCGCAAAAUGGGCUUUCCCGAAGUCAUUUUACCCGGAGAUGUACGCAACGAUUUGUAUUUGACUUUGUGCUCCGGAGAAUUUGCCCGUAUUGCCAAGACCUCAGAGAAGAAUGUGGAAGUCACCGUCACAGUUUGCAAUGAGCAUGGUCACACUGUGCCUGGUGUGAUGAGCAUAGGAGCCGGUUUGGCACCCAUAGAUGAAUACAAAUCUGUGGUGUACUAUCAUGAUGAUAAACCCAAAUGGAUGGAAACCUUUAAAAUUCAUGUGCCCAUUGAUGAGUUUAAGCAAUGUCAUUUGAAAUUCGUUUUCAAACAUCGCAGUUCCAACGAGCAAAAGGAUAAAUCGGAGAAACCUUUUGGCUUGGCUUAUAUGAAACUGAUGCAGGAUAAUGGAACUACCAUAACGCAAGGACAACAUACAUUGGCUGUUUAUAAAAUCGAUCACAAAAAACUGGACAAAACCAAUUCAAAUAACACAUAUCUGGAACUACCGGCCACAGUCAACGAAUUACAAGGUACAAAACCAUCAACAGCAGGACUAACACUACUGCCUAAGGACCAGCUGGUGAUAGGUGUAAAUCUGUGCAGUACAAAACUCACACAAAGUGUAAGCCUUUUGGGUCUUUUGAAUUGGUCGGCCCACCGAGAAACUUUGGAAGAAUCCUUAAAUGCUUUAUCCAAUGUACCUGGCGAAGAGGUUGUGAAAUUUCUGCAAGAUAUCUUAGAUGCUUUGUUCAAUAUCUUAGUGGAAAAUGAUAGUCCAGAGAAAUAUGAUCAAUUGGUAUUUAUGAGCAUUAUACAUCUCAUAGAGACUGUUUCGGAUUUGAAAUAUCAGCAUUUCUUAACCGUGUUGGAUGUCUAUAUUAAUGAAAGUUUUUCAGCAACAUUGGCCUAUGCAAAACUUAUUGAUGUUUUACAAAGGAACGUCCAAGAGGCCAUUGAACCCAAAGAAAAAUCUGUCGAUGGCAUUGAAAUUGAUGAACGCAUUGAGGUUAAGCGUCUGUACAAAACCACAAGAUAUCUGCAUUAUGUAAUGAAAUUUAUUAUAAGAUCACGCAUUUUAUUCUCAGCCAUAAACGGCAACUCGGAUUAUGAUGAUUUUGCUAAUAAAUUACAUGAACUUUUGGAAAUGUUCAUCAAGAUGAUUGCCUGUCCAACUGAUCUUCUGAAGUCUGAAGGAGCUUUGCUUAAGAACUUGCAUAUAAUAGCAACGGAUUUAAUGCAAGUUUUUGAUCCCGUCAGAUUAAGCAUUGUCAUUGUGAAUAUUUUGAAACAAUUUCCCCCACGUCGUUUAACCCAAUCCAAAAUGGGUUGCAUAAAGGAUUUUGUGGAUUCGAAAUUAUUCCAUUUACCCGAAUGCCGUGCCAUACUCUUGCCGGUUUUCUGCAAUCACAUAAAGGAUCGUUUAGAGAGCAAAGAGGAGGGCGAUACCAAAUCUGAUAUAUGGCAACAAGAAAAAAAUCUUUCGAAAGCGGCCAAAGUUCUGGGACAGUUAAAAUCGCAACUGCAUACACGUGAAACGACAGCCAAACAAAAGGUGACCGAAUGUAUAAAUAUCAUGAACAAUAUCCUAAAGCUCCUGUAUCGCAAGGAUAUCGGUCAUACGCACAAUGAUAUACGUGAUAUAAUGCUUAUCCUGCUGCGUACCGUUAUCAAGACAUCACAGGCAUUGGAUAGAGAAAAUCAAUUAGUUGGCAAUCUGGUGGCCAUCAUGUUGGGCAUACUGCAAUGCAUGGACUCUGUACACUAUGAGAUAUAUGUAAAGCAUUUAAAUAAUCGCUUUGAAUUGCAAGAUUUCGUUAUUGAGAUACUUUUGGUGUUUGAAGAACUUGUAUCGCCUCAUCAGAAACCCGUAUUUCCUAGAGAUUGGAUGGAUAUGAUUAUGCAUCAGAACACUGUAAUCUUGGGCUCACUCAAGCAACUCUCCAUAGUCAUAGUGGAUCAUUUCAUAGAUCCUUUCGAGAAACAAGUGUGGUCGAAUUUCUUCCAGUGUUCCAUAGCCUUCCUCAUACAGUCACCCUUGCAGUUGAACGAUUUCAAUGACAAUAAGCGGCAGGUGAUAUUUGCUCGAUAUCGUGAUAUACGCAAAGAUACCGCUCAAGAGAUACGGAAAAUGUGGUUCCAAUUGGGUGAACACAAACCAAAGUUUGUGCCACAACUGGUGGAGCCCGCACUGGAAAUGAGCAUGAUACCAGAGAUUGAGUUACGCAAGGCCACCAUACCCAUAUUCUUUGAUAUGAUGCAGUGUGAAUACUACAGCUCGAAAUUGAUUCAUGAUAGCUAUGGUGAUACCAAACGCAAUAAUGCCCACUACAAGGCCAACUUCAAUGAAUUCGAAACGGAAAUGAUUGAGAAGCUGGACAUUCUGAUAGGAGCCGGCAAGGGAGAUGUGCAAUACAAGGAACUCUUCGAACAAAUACUUUUGGAGAAGUGUCAGGCCCAUAACAUUUUAAAUGUGGAGGGAACAAAGUUUGUGAAUAUGGUCUCCAAGCUUAUGGAUCGCUUGCUGGAGUAUCGUUGCAUAAUUCAAGAUGAGAGCAAAGAGAAUCGCAUGGCCUGCACCUUUUCACUGUUGCAAUUUUACUCUGAGGUCAAUCGCAAGGAGAUGUACAUACGCUACGUCUACAAGCUGUGCGAUUUGCAAAUGGAAUUUGACAACUAUACGGAGGCUGCAUACACGCUAAAAUUGCAUACGGAAUUGUUGUCCUGGAAUGAUACGGAACUAUCGCCCCAGCUCAGAUCCCAUCGUCACAUACAAUGUCGAACACAUCGCGAUUUGAAAGAAGCACUCUACUAUGAGAUAAUCGAUUAUUUCGACAAGGGCAAAAUGUGGGAGUGUGCCAUCGACAUGUGCAAAGUUCUGGCCCAGCAAUACGAAAAUGAGAUAUUCGACUACAUCAAAUUGGCUGAAUUAUUCAAGAAAAUGGCUUUGUUCUUUGAGAAAAUCCUUAAGGAAAUGCGCCAUACCUCUGAGUAUUUCCGUGUGUGUUUCUAUGGCCUGGGAUUUCCACGAUUCCUGCAAAAUAAAAUGUUCAUAUUCCGCGGCAAGGAAUAUGAAAGGCUCAGUGACUUCAGUACCCGCAUAUUGGUACAACAUCCCCAAGCGGAACUAAUGCAUACCUUGGAAAUGCCCGGUGAAGAUAUAACCCAAGGUGAAGGCCAGUACAUACAGGUGAACAAGGUGGAGCCCAUCAUGGAUGAGGCCUUUGCCAAGUUCAAUGAUAAGAUCAUAUCGAAUGAGAUCGUAAAAUACUUUGCCAAUAACAAUGUACAAAAGUUUAAAUUUUCACGACCAUAUCGUGAGAGUACCAUUGGUGAUGCUGAUGGUGUGGGUAAUUUGUGGCUGGAGCGAACUGUGGUGACAAUUAAAUUUCCUUUGCCGGGCAUUUUAAGAUGGUUCCCAGUGAUAGAUUCGGACACGUUCAAGAUUUCUCCCCUUGAAUUGGCUGUCGAAACUAUGAAAUCAACAAACAAAGAUAUUCGUAACUUGAUUAUAGCCCAUAAAAAUGAUGAAACUUUACCCGUAAAUCAGCUAAGUAUGAAAAUCAAUGGCAUUGUUGAUCCCGCAGUUAUGGGUGGUUCCGGUAAAUACGAAGAUGCCUUCCUCACGACGGAAUAUCUGGAAGAUCAUCCGGAUGAUAAGGAUUUAGUAGAUGAAUUGAAGGACUUAAUAGCUGCGCAAAUACCACUAUUGGAUAUUGCCAUUGCACUGCAUAAACAAAAGGCACCAGAAAGUCUUAAAUUAUUCCAUGAACGCAUGGAAACCUGUUUUGCUGAUAUGCAAGCAAAUAUAGAAUCUAAAUAUGGCAAAAGGACCUGUGAUCUUAAGCUAGAUCGCGAUUCUGUUAUAAUGCGGCGCAAUAAUUCUUUCUUACCCACCAUGUUUGACAAUAGUAAUCGUCUUUCAGAAACCAGCAUGGGUUCUUCAGAUAGCGGUCUUUCAAAAUCAACUUCGUCAAUGCGGCCACAAACAAAUUCCAUUAAAUCCACUUUUGGCUUUACUUUCAAUCCAAGACCCACUUUAGGUCAUUCACCUAGUACGAAAAGUAAAACGAAAGAUAAGACGCCCUCGAAACGAAGAUCUAUAAAGAAGUUGGAUCGUGAUACUUUAAGCUUGCCGGUUGCCAAUAGUCAAUGGUAUACCACGCCUUUGACUACCAUAACCUCAACGCCUGAAAGGGAUUCCAAUACAUCGAUAAUAUCGGCCUCUAAUACAUCAUUGUGUUCGAAGACCGCAGAUCCUAAAGUAUUAACUGAAGAGCUCACAUCGAAACGCCCCUUGCGUUCGGAGAAGGAAAAAGAAAGACGUCUCUCAAGGCCCGCCAGCAUAGCUACACCCACUGCCAGCAUGAAAGGCUUUUCGGCGGCCGAUACACAUUCUCUGUCGGGUGCCGAUAGUAGUAAUCGUAACUCAGUUGAUACCACCGAUUCGACAUCUGAAGAAGAUCUGAUACCACCUCCGUUGCCAGCAAAAACCAGAGAUUCCACAGAUUUCUCUAGUCUCAACUAUACUUUGGAUUGGAAUUCCAAUUCAUUUUCAUUGGGCGGUGCCCUAAGUCCCAAUGGGACAAUAACACGUACGACAUCUUGUUCCACCUCCACCAGUAUUGUGAAUACAUCCUAUGAAUAUGUUGAAACCAAAAAUUUUAUUAUAACCUCAGCACUGGCGAACGAUGAUAAGAAGAGGCCACCAACGCCACCGCCAAAGCCAUCGAGGAAUAGCAAACACAUUCCAUGAAACAGAAGCAAAACUGAGGGAGCACUAAGCCAUAAUUCAUUUGAAUAGAAAACAAAAACGAUUGCCACAAUUAAAGAAACCCCAAAGGAGGGGUGCAAAGGAAUGGAAAAGAAAGUAAACAAGUGCCAAAAAACAAACUAACACAUACACACACACACACACAAAAUCAAAAAGAUGGUGAAGAAACAAAAUGCGAUAUUCAAAAAUUUUUAUUUUUUAUUUUAUAAUUUAUAUUAAAUACUUUUAUAUGAUAUUACUUACAUUUACCCAACUAACUAUCCAACUCGACGAACGAGCUGAUGAGAAAAUCCACAUUUUCAAAAAACCAUGCAAACUUUAUUUAAUUUCCAUAAAAGUCUUCCUAUAUAUAAUUUUUUUUUUUAAAGAAACUGUAAUUGUGUCAUUCUAAAGAAAACAAAAAUGAUGGUAUAAUUGUAAAUUAGGCUCUUUCUUGAAUUAAUUUUAGUCAUAAUACACUACUUUGUUUUAGCAUUAAUUACGACAAGAAACCAAACUUUACUGAACAUGAACUCAGUAUUCGUUAUUUAUAAGGCAAACAAACGCACAACUAAAAUGAAAAUUAAACAAAAAGUGCCACAAAAUCUGAAUAGCAACCAAACGAUACAAAAACAAAUUCUGUAGCAAAUGUUUUGCAAAAAAAAAACAAA